AAAAAGAUAGUCGGAAGCGAUAUAUAUAGAUAAUCAUAGAUGUAAAAACAAAACAACUAAAUAACUUCUGUAUAUUCUUAUGUGUUUGAAUUGCUAUAAAAGCGUAUUACGGCAAGUCAUGAUAGCGCACCCAUUUCCUUGUCGUAAAGGAUUUUUCGUUUUCUUCUAAGUUGUUAAGGUUAAGAUUUUUUGUGCUGAAGUGCAUAAUUUUAUAAGAAAUAUGAUCAUGGCAAAUGCAAAAAAUUUCAGUGUGUUUCGCUUAGAUUUAUUUAAAAAGAAAGUUGCAAUUGUGACUGGUGGGGGAACAGGAAUAGGAAAAGCAAUUAGUACUGAACUUUUAUACUUAGGUUGUAAAGUGGUUAUUGCUUCAAGGAAAGAAGAACAACUUCUGAAAGCUGCUGAGGAAAUGAAGAAUACGUUAAAAGAAAAGUCUCCUGAUGUUACAAGCAUUGUCUGCAAUAUAAGAAAAGAGGAAGAGGUUAAAAAUUUAGUUCAAGCAACUUUGGCCAAGUAUGAAAGAAUUGAUUUUUUGAUUAACAAUGGAGGUGGACAAUUUCUCUGUCCAGUUGGUGAUCUAACCACUAAAGGAUGGGAUGCUGUCAUAGAAACAAAUUUAAAGGGUCCAUUUUUGAUGUCCAGGGCAGUAUAUGAUAAAUGGAUGAAAGACAAUGGUGGUGUAAUCAUCAAUAUAUUGAUGGAUUUUGAAAGAGGUACACCAAUGAUGGCGCAUUCAGGAGCUGCUCGAAGUGGAUUAGAUAAUUUGACAAAAUCUUUAGCAAUUGAAUGGGCAUCGAAUGGCAUAAGAGUUAAUGCUGUUGCUCCUGGUUCUUCCAUAUAUUCUGAAACAGCUGCUAAGAAUUAUCCAAUUAAUGUUUUUGAUAUGGUUAGUGAAAAUAUUCCUUCUAAACGCCUCGGGGUGCCUGAAGAAAUAUCAUCUGCUGUUUGUUUUUUGCUUUCUCCUGGUGCAUCAUUUAUUACGGGGGAAACACUUCAUGUUGAUGCUGGUGGAAGACUUUAUUCUCCUCUACUGUGGAAAGUUCCUGAUCAUGAUAAUUUACCAGUGUUUGAUGGAGAAAAGUCUAAACUGUGAUUGGGGUAUAUUUAUUAAAAAAUUAUAUUAGUUUAAUCAUAAAAAUUAUUUAACAUGUAUUUUUAUAAUACUGUCAUACUGUUUCUAAUUAGUAAGAGUGUCUUUUUUUUUUAUUUUAUAAAAUAAGUGAUAAAUGUAAAUUAAGUUUGCAAAUUGAAAAAAAAAAUCUACUGAAUAUUUUUUGUAACAUAUCAUUGUGACUAUUUUUAUUAUAAUACAAUCUUUAUACUGUUCUUUUUUAUAUUAAAAUAAAUCUAUAAAAGAUAUUGUUUUAUUUCUUUCUGAUAAAAAAAAAUACAGUUAUAAUUACUGGUUAUAAAAACAUAAUUGUUUUGAUAAUUAAUUUCAUUUUUAAUUGAAUCCUUAUUUUUUUAACUUAUUUGCGUUGAUACAACAUUAUUAUUUCUUAUAUGAAAAUUGUAUGACCAUAAUACAUAGUAUUUUCAUAUACAAUUGUGUAUACCAAAUAUUAUUUAAUUAUUUUGGCAUUAAAGCAUAACCCUUUUUAAUGGAGUGAUGAAGCUCUUUUGAUUUAAAAAUCAGAUGAAAUCUUAAUUGCCAAAUUAGCAUGUUAUAUUUUUUCAGUCUAUUUCAUGUCCUUUAAUCAUUUUAAAUUAUUCUGAUCAAAAAUAAAAUUUAUUCAU